CAUAAACAAUCUCAUGAACACUAUAGAUCUAGUAACGUUUUGAAAAUUAUAAAUAAUUGUAUUUCUGCAUUUAGGGAUUUAUGGGUAAACCUAAUGCAUGCAUGGUGCCAUGCAGGAUCUCAAAAUCAACAAGUAGAUCUAUUUCAUUAUUUUUUCCACUUCCAGUCUUCCCGGCAGUGUAUAGCCCCUGAGAUAAACUGAUUGUAGGCACCACCAUCAAACCUCAAUUUUUUUUAUUGUGUGUAAAUUCUAGGAAUGGUUUCAAUAUUCAAUUUAUCAUCAGAUUUUAUUCAAAUGGGAAAGGCUCACACAAAUAAGCUUUACAGCCUCUCGAGGUGCUCUCCCCGUUGCACAAAAAAAGACACAUAAAUAUAAUGUUUACAUGAAGUGACGUCUAAGUGCUGACUUAAAUGAGAUCAAGGUAGUGCAGCUUACAAUGUUUGAGGGUAAAGCGUUCCACUGGAAACAGCUAUUUACAUAGUAUGAGUAUCUGUAGCAGUUUACCCUAUAGCUAUAGAUAUAGCGUGUUUGCAGAGCAGUGACAUGUGGUGUGACCUUGUUGACUGACUUGAAAGGUUAUAAUGGUUCAAGCGUUAACCAUGACAGUGAGAGCCGGCAUUUAUCAUAAGAUUUGCUCCAGCUGUGAUUCUCUUAAUUGUUCCAUUUGGCCUCAACCCAUCUUGCUGCUGCUGCUCUUCUUUGAAUGUUUUCUAAGCUUAUUAUCUUUCUUCAAGUGAGGCGACCAGACUGGGGCUGAUAACUCCAGGUGUGAAAGUACAAGGGGUGUGAAGGCUCUUGAUUUGGCUAGCUUAGAUGAUUUAUGCAUGUUACGCCUCAGCAAGUUUAAGAUUUUGGUUGCCUUCAAGGUUACUUGGUUGACUUGGUCUCUCCAUGUCAAUUUCCAGUCUAUUACAAUUCCAAGGUAGAUCUAUUUGAAAGUUUGAACCCAUUGAGAUUGGAAUUGUUGAUGUAGUACGUAGUUGAUAGUUGGUGAUGGUUUUUUGUUGGAAAUACACAUGGUCUUAGCUAUAUACAUUUACAUUAAGCUUGAGUUGCCAUGCAUGCACCUGUUAGACCAUUUAGCUAGUUUGUUGAGGUCAGUUUGAAGUAGUUUCUAAUUCGAGUCACUAGGUGUUCUAAUUUCUCUGUAGAGUACACAAUCGUCUGCAAACAGUCUGGCUGUGGAAGUUACAAUAUCAUUUAUGUGAAUAGAAGUGGGCAUAGGAUUGAUCAUCCCUUUGCUUCCUAUUCGUUAGAAGGCGGCCUGGAACCACUUCAGCAAGUCGCCAUGUAUAAGACUUAAGUGAAGAACUAGAUCUAUGUCAAAUUAAUGCUUUAGAAAAGUCCAGAAAGAUAGCAUGGGUGGAAGCGAUGUCAUUUAUACUCUUUGACCAGUCAUCAAUGGUUUCUAGUAGCUGUGACUGGCAGCUGUGGCGAGGUCUGAAGCCGUGUUGGAUUGGUGAUAAAAUAUUGUUGUCCUGCAGUAGAUAGUUGUAUAGCAUUGUGUGAAUAAUUUUUUCUAGUGUUUUGACAGCGAUUGAUGUUAAACUGAUUGGUCUGUAGUUGGUAGGUGAGUUCAAGGUCCUUUCUUGUGGAGAGGGGUAAUGUUAGAAGUUUUCCAGUUGAAGGAUAAGAUGCCCUGUUGGAUGGACAUGUAUAGUAUUGUUAAUGGUGAAGAUAUAUAUAGUUGAGCAGCACCCUCUAGGAGGAGUCAUCCCGGUUACCCGGUCAAACACAGCAUUUUGCUAAACCCGGUUCAUCAAAGCAUCUAUAUCGUUUUGUAGAGCAACAUGUUCUGAAAAGGAGCCUCCUUAUGUAUUUCAAAGGGUCGAUGGACACAUGUCAUUUUCUGAUGAUGACUUUUGUGGCACUAUUGCAUUUCUGUGGUGUGUGUAUCUGUGGAAAGGAGUCAGUUGAUUUGUUAUACACUGCUAUCCUCUUUGAAUACUCUUUAUCAUUACAUUCACAUGGUGAUUACAAAGAAUGAAGAAUCUCACAAAACUGAAGUUGAUAAUGAGUAUGGGAAGAAGAAGGGUUGCUAUGUCAUAUUUGAUUUCAAAGACAUCAGUGACACAGUUGAUUUAGCACUACCACUUGAAGGCGUGUGUGAAAGUGACUGGAUACUCAAACCUCUCAUGACUCAAAAAGUGAAAAAAAGACAAAUUGAUAAUUUCAGCCUGGGUCGUGAAAUUCCCUGCAUACAAAUGAAAGCUGAAACGGAGCAACACAAGUCAACAAAUGUGUGCUAUCCACUCCACCUUAAUAAGUCUGUGAAUCCAGACCUAUAUAUAUAUUUGUCCGUUGAUGUAAACAUUGCAAAAGCCUCUACUGUACUGACUGAUGCUGUACCAUCUUAUGUCACUGAAGAAGGAGAUACCUCACAUGAUGUCCUCACUUCAUAUCCACACGCCAUUCACUCAGGAGCUGGUGGACCGAGAACUGUGACUAUCGAGGAAUUUAAGAAGCGUACGAAAGUGACCGACUCUCAACUUGACACUGAAAUUAAAGAGACUGACAUGAUUGAUCUGGCAGCUCACUUCGACAAUGUAGAGACCUACCCUGUACAACUGGGACUGAACCCUGCUGAACACCAAACUGUUAGAUCCUUAUCAUUUCAAUAUGAUAUUCAAACCGCAAUGGACAAGGCCUUGAAACUGUGGAGACAGCAUAAUCCAAGGGCCGCUACUUACAAAGCUCUGGUGAUGAUGCUGUUGAGAAUGGGAAAGGAAGCAAUUGCUGUUGCCGUUUGUCAGUCUGCCGUGACAGCUAUUCCAAAUGCAACUUAUAUCUCACCCGACAAGAAACAGGAUCAUGACUCCAGUAUGCCCAGUAUAUACCUCCACAAACAUCUGUAUCAGCAGCUAAGAAACUUGUGGUGUUGAGAAAAUCUAGCUAUCAAACUAUGUUAGUAUUUGUGCUUAUCAUAGUUCCCAUUAUUUGUGCCUAUCUUUUUCUUAAAAUCUUUUAAUAUUAAAAAUUUG